CCGCUUUAAGGGCGGCGGCGGCGGCGCGUACAAGUGACGUCUUCCGCGGGCGUCGCGCUGCCUGGUCUGCGGCGCCGGCCGAGGCGGGUGGGAAAUGGCGGAGUACUUGGCCUCCAUCUUCGGCACCGAGAAAGACAAAGUCAACUGCUCCUUCUACUUCAAGAUCGGGGCCUGCCGCCACGGGGACAGAUGCUCGCGGCUGCACAACAAGCCGACCUUCAGCCAGACCAUUGCCCUCUUGAACAUUUACCGUAACCCUCAAAACUCUUCCCAGUCUGCUGACGGUUUGCGCUGUGCCGUGAGCGACGUGGAGAUGCAGGAGCAUUAUGACGAGUUCUUCGAGGAGGUCUUCACGGAGAUGGAGGAGAAGUACGGUGAGGUGGAGGAGAUGAACGUGUGCGACAACCUGGGCGACCACCUCGUGGGGAACGUGUACGUCAAGUUCCGCCGCGAGGAGGACGCGGAGAAGGCCGUGAUCGACCUCAACAACCGCUGGUUCAACGGGCAGCCCAUCCACGCCGAGCUGUCCCCGGUCACCGACUUCCGGGAAGCCUGUUGCCGCCAGUAUGAGAUGGGGGAGUGCACGCGGGGCGGCUUCUGCAACUUCAUGCACCUGAAGCCCAUCUCGCGGGAGCUGCGGCGGGAGCUGUACGGCCGCCGGCGCAAGAAGCACCGGUCCCGGUCGAGGUCCCGCGAGCGCCGCUCCAGGUCCAGGGACCGCGGGCGCGGAGGCGGCGGCGGCGGCGGCGGGGGAGGCGGUGGCCGGGAGCGGGACCGGAGGCGCUCGCGGGACCGGGAGCGGUCGGGCCGAUUCUGAGCUGAUUUUAUUGUCUGCCGAGACUGGACACCUUCACCGUGGGAGUUUUUUAAAAAUUGAUAAAAGAGGGUUUCUGAAUAAAGCUCGUAGUGCUCUGGC